UGCGGGCUUUCAUAGAUCUACACAACAUCCAGUUUGCAUGCCCUGCUGCCUCAACAGCAAUCCCCAUAUGCAUGUGUCCCAUCCACAGUCCACAUUCCUUUAAACGGAGGCUGUCAGAGGGGCGUGUACGUUGCGAGUCGGUCUUUUCACUCCAGCAGGGACACCGAGAGAGCUUCACCAUGGCCUCAGCACUGAAUUGCACACCCUUUAUGUUGUGUUUUAUUUAUUUUUCGUUACUGUUUACCAGUGUGUUUUGCGACUCUGAUGCAGAAGAAGAUGAACAUGCCAAGCACACGUACACGGUGGAGAUGUUCAACGAGGCGGUGCCCACUGCACCCCACUUUGUCAUGUUUUACGCUCCAUGGUGCGGCCAUUGCCAGAGGCUACAGCCGGCGUGGAAUGAACUGGCAGACAAAUACAACAACAUGGAAGAGCCUACAGUGUAUGUGGUGAAAGUAGACUGCGUCCCGGACACCAAGUUCUGCUCCAAUAACCACGGGGUUAGGGGCUACCCCACAUUGAUGUUGUUUAAGCCAGACCAGGAUGCAGUCAAGUACCAGGGGCCCCGAGAUCUGAAGUCUCUGGAGACCUGGAUGUUGAAGUCAAUCCAGGAGGAGCCUUCAGAACCAGAGAGUGAACAGGAGCCUCCUAAAGUCCCGGAGCCCAAACAGGGCAUGUAUGAUCUGACCGCUCUCAACUUUAAGGCCCACAUAGCCAAAGGCGCCCAUUUCAUUAAAUUCUUUGCCCCGUGGUGCGGUCACUGCAAAGCUAUCGCCCCGACCUGGGAGCAGCUGGCCACCACCUUUGAGCACUCUGAUGAUGUCAAGAUAGGAAAGGUGGACUGUACACAGCAGUAUGAGGCGUGCUCUGAGAACGGCGUUCGUGGGUAUCCCACACUGAUCUUCUUCAACAAUGGACAGAAGACUGAUCAGUACAAAGGAAAAAGAGACCUGGACUCCUUCAAAGACUUUGUGGACAACCAACUGAAGGCUGCCGUCGCUCAGGAGCCAGAACAAGAACCGAGUGAGGAACAAAAAGCAAACGAGAUCCCCGCUGAUGAGCCAGCCGAAGAGGAGGCAAAGUCCAGUGUGUUGGACCUUACAGAGACCAACUUUGACGAGAGCGUGGCAAAGGGCUUCACCUUCAUCAAGUUCUACGCUCCAUGGUGUGGCCACUGUAAGAACCUCGCUCCGACAUGGGAGGAUCUUUCCAAGAAGGAGUUUUCCGGCCUCACUGACGUCAAGAUAGCCAAAGUGGACUGCACUGUUGAGCGCACACUCUGCAACAAGUACUCUGUCCGAGGUUACCCCUCGUUGAUCCUCUUCAGGGCGGGGGAGCAGGGUGACGAGCAUCAUGGCGGACGGGACCUCGAGAGCCUGCACAGCUUCGUGAUGAAGCAGGCAAGAGACGAGCUGUAGAGUCAAGUCAGCACUCAACUCUCCACCACUCUGCAUAUCUGGCCUGUAGGACACUACUCUCUCUCCCCUACAGUAGCCACACCUCUCUCUCUUUCUCUCCACUUGGGAGGCAGCCAAUGAUGGAAUGAUUCAGCAGAGUGUUUGUUUGGGAUGUGAAUAUUCGUUGCUGUUGCCCAACCUUAACUCUCCUAAAAUGGAGAAUACUAUCCUAUUGGUUGGGUUUGCAAAUGAAGUAAUAUGUCGGACAAUCACUUUGCAAGCACUGCUCAAUCAAUCAGAACCAGAACUCCUCACACAGAUAAAAAGGUCUUUCAUCAAACUGCUGCCACUCAAGGAAAGGUGUGCCAGUUUCUACCUGUUGGAUAAAAAGCAUUUGAUUCUGAUGAACUUCUUCUGUAGCCAUUUGACUUUUUUUUUUUUUUUAAAUGCUACAUUUUAUACGUGGGAUCUGUUCACAAGCCAUUAAUGUUAAGGUACCGACACUCUAAAGUUUGUAAAGUUAGUGUCACCCAAAUGUAAAGUUGAGUGUACUUUCUAUCCAUGCCAGCGAUGGCCUAUCUGACUUGACUCUCAGGAAAACGCCCUGCAGACUAGAAGAAGUUGUGAUGGAGGAAUCAUUGUUAUCACAGGUCUGAUAAUGGCACACACAGUGUUUUCUUAAUGACGAUUUAUAUAUUUUGGAAAGAACGAGAUACGUUAGGUAAGCUUGGUAUACUGAACAUCGCAAUUGUGCAUCUUGCCCAUUUUCUGACUCCUGUGAUCUCAAUCAGCCGUCCCUCUCGACUCCUAGCUUUCAGGGUCUCUGGCCUGGACCAUUUCGCCCCAUAUCUCCAUUAGUGACCAUCUGCUGUUACUAUUGUUUUCAUUUCUUCUUCAAACGGUGUGAAUGUAAGGUUUUUGUGGUAUAUUGCUCGGGCCAUGUCCAAAGGAUUUGGGAACCAGUAAGUGGAGCAGGAAAAGACAGUUGGGUCACUUGGUGUUAUUUAGAAUCUUUUGCACUUUGUCAUUCACAAGUCAUGGUGAUCUUUUCAAGGAAGUUAGCUUUCAUCAGUGCUUACUGACAACCUUACUUCCGUUUGACAUUUCUGUAAUGAUACUUGUGAAGGACUGAAACGAACAUUGGCCACAGUUCAGGGGUCAGGUGGGCUGACUAGCAUCGUAUCGCUCUUCUGACCAUGAUUGUGGUCUAGUCUUACCUUAGUGAUUGAACCAGCUGCAGCUUGAGUUUAAUUGCUGUUUGAAGAUUCAACAGUCACCGGCCAAGAAAAUGUCAUGUGUCACAGACCUGGUUCUAAGAGCAGUUUCUUCUCCGGACACUUUCCUGUGACUGACUUCACCCACCUGUUAGGCCAUGUCGAUAACACUGCUACUGCUCUUUGACCCAGGUUAUGUGACAAGUGUAUGCUGCAUGAUGCAGGGCACCUUUUUAUUGUCUAACCCAGGUACACAAACAGUCAGACACAGCAGGUUGUUUUUUUUUAGUUGGUAAAAGUUUUUAUGGAUAGCACAUGGUCUAAGGAACUCCAGUGACAGAAGUAUUUUUUUCCUUAUGGGUAAUGGGUUGUGCACUACCCAUGGAUUUUGUACAAAAAAAGUGAAUAAUGGCAAGUUGUAACAUGAGAUUUCAUAAUAAAGAUUUCCAAAAAAUAA